AUAUCCACCAAUCAGAGAAACAGGAAGAGCUGCAGUGAAGAAGACAAACCGAAAGUAAGUUGAAGAUGAAGAGCCGUUAGAGAAACAGAGAAGAUCACAGAUGUGGAGGAGUUCAGACGGAAGCAGAGAGCAGUGUGUCGAGUGUCCUGCUGUGUCUGUGAAGACUGAAAACCUCAUGAUGGAGCCUCAUCACUUCAGCAGUGAAGAAAGAAGUUCUCACUUAAAAGUGGAACCUCCAGAAACCAACUAUGUGUAUAUGAUGGGCAACAACUCAAUGUAUCAGCCUCUUUAUUUCAAUAACGAAAGAACCAGUACUGACCUGAGACUGCAGACAUGCAGAGCAGAACCUCCAGAGCUGAGCUAUGUCUCUAUGAAGAGCCACAACUCUGUACUGCAGACAUUCAGAGACCCUCCAGAGCCCAGCUGUUUGUCUAUGAAGAGCAGCAACUCAAUGUAUCAGCCUCCUGGUUUCAGUGAUGAAAGACCCAGUACUGACCUGAGACUGCAGACAUACAGAUCAGAACCUCCAGAGCCCAGCUGUGUCUCUAUGAAGAGCAGCAACUCAAUGUAUCAGCCUCCUGGUUUCAGUGAUGAAAGACCCAGUACUGACCAGAG